GCCACCGAGGAGAAGAAAGACGCACUAAUACUGAAGACACCAUAACCAGAUAUAUUAGAAUGGUCAAUCCAAGAGGAGGAGGACAGCACAGAGGAAGAGGAGGCUUCAGUGCCCAUCAAAGAAGAGAUGGAUCUGUGCCUGGUCAAAGACAAGCAAGCAGGUCUCCCAGUCGAAGCAGAGGAAGCAGCAGAGGUGGCCGAGGGGAGGGAAGAGGAGGAAGAGGAGGAGAAGGAAGGGGUCGAGGUCACCAACAAGCCAGUGGAAGUACAAACAGCCAAAGGGAACGAUGGCCAGAGGAAAUAUUUCAAGGUGCAAGAGGAGGAGGAGAUGGAAGGGGACGAGGACAGAGGAGAGGAGAUAACCAGCACCAUCAUCAAGGAAAGCCAAGUGGGAACAACACCCACCGCCCUGUGAUAAGAGGAGGCCUAACUAAUGCAUCUUUACACUCUCGAGGGUUUGGGAGACCUGUUCAAGGGCUCAUGCAUCAACAUUAUGUAAAUUAUUUACUUCCAGCUCCUCGCCGUCCUGAAAACAUGGGUCACCAACAAGCCAAUGAAAGUAUGACUGAUGGAAGAGUUGGACCACAAGGUGAAGAACCUCAAAGAGGAAGAGUAGAAGCUCAGAGAGGUAGAGGGGGAAAUGGAAGAGGAAGAGGGAGA